AUGGUUCGAAGCAACCCCACAAUCAAAUCACAUCACAUCACAUCACAUCUUCCCGGACCGGACACGUGUCACCACUACAGAGCCCUCCUUCUCCUCGUCUAUCGGGCCCACAUCGUUGAACGUCUGGCCCGCCUCUUGAUCAGCCUCCUUCAGCACCGAGGCCACCGUCUCUGCCGGCGUCACUUCCUCCUCCUCCACCAUCACUACCACCGGCGUCCCGUACUCGUCCACCGCCAUCCUCCGCCGCCCGUACGUGGCUCCACUGCCAUGCUGUCGCUCCUCCUCCUCCUUAUUCCCGGCCGCCGGCUGUGGGGUCAGCUUCUCCUUUAUGGCGCCCAGUAUUCCUCCGCCGCCACCGGAGCUCCUGCUAAAAAUUAA